AUGCGGACAUUCCUUUUCCUGAUCAAGAUAGCUCUCAAUGGAGAGAACAGCUUCAUCACCAGAUGCGACAAUUACGACCGAAAUCACGGCCCGAUUCAAAACAACAUCGGAACAGACCACCGAGUCACAGUUGACGGGAAAGGGUUCGUCUCCAGAACUCUCAGUCUCGCCAUCGACCAGCUCGUGAAUGACUUCCCGCAAGCCAGGGUGACCUGCACGCUGCAGAGCGCUGGCAACCGCCGACACGCCAUGCGCACACGCAUCAAGGAGGUCUGGGGCGGUCCUCGAGUUCGUGACAUCCUGCUCGCGGCCGGAGCCCAGGACCACCGCGCCAUGGGUGACAGCGUACGACUGAAACACGUCCACUUUGCCAAUUACGGAGGCAAGACUCAGGCCGACGAGUGGUAUGGAGGGAGCAUCCCUUUCGACCGGGCUAUGGACCCAGCCAUGGAUGUGAUCCUGGCGGUCAAGGUACGAAUCCAGCACCCACCAUAUCCUUCCCCCCCUUUGGGCGACAUGUCCGCUGACUUGUUGCUCCUCGGACGAAGAUGA